AUGCUUGCCAAUGAUGAGACAACUUCUUCUUCGUCAUCCACAAGAACAAGUCAAGGAAAUUCUCCUCCUGCUACCAUCAAGGUAAGGACUGAGGACGGCUCGUUGGAGGGUGAAUUUAGGGUGAGGGAAAUUAAAUCUAAAAAACUUCCAUCUUUUUUGAGCAAGAAGAGAAAACCAACUUCGGAACAGGAUGAAAAUAAUUCUAUUGGUGAUGUAAAUAAGGAUCAAUUAGAGGUGAAUAAUAUGAAAAAAUAUAAAGUGGACAUGCAAGAAAUUGAGUCUUAUUUCAAUAUGGAUGAUUGUAUUUUACAUCAGGAAUGUGGAAGAAAAUGUAUGGUUAUGGAUGGCUCUGUCAACCCAUCAAUAUCUUAUAUUGUGACUGGUACAAAAAGGUCAAAUGAAAUUGUGGAGGAAAUUCCCUUCGAUCCUAAAAUGAAAAGAACUGUCAUUAUGUUUGAUAAAAGAAUGGGAUUACAUAUGGGAAGAGGUUCUCACCCAGAGUCACCAGCUAGAUUAUCUGGAAUUUGGAGCUUUGCCAUUGAGGAAUUUCAUUUUGAUAAGGGUUGUACAAUAAUUGAAGGUAGAAAAGCAACGAGAGAGGAGUUGGAGUGGACUCAUUCACCACAUCAUGUGGACGCUGUAAUGGCGUCACAUUUAGAAAUGUUCAAUUUCUCAACAGAUGUAUUUGUUGGAGAGCAAUCAGGAGAUGCAGCACGAGUUGCCAGUGGAGGACUUAUAGAGAUUGCAACCAAAGUGAUGAAUGGAGAGUUUGACAAUGGCUUUGCAAUUAUUAGACCUCCAGGGCAUCAUUGCUACUUUGAUAAGGCAAGUGGGUUUUGUAUAGUCAAUAAUGUGGCUGUUGCUGCAAAUGUGUUGGUGAAGAGAUCAUUGGCUAAACGAAUAGUAAUUGUAGAUUGGGAUGUACAUCAUGGCAAUGGAACACAAGCAAUACUGGAAGACCAAUUUAAGGAACGUUUCGAUAAUUGCAAUCCAAAUAAUGAUGAAAAGCCAGAGAUUAUUUUCUUCUCUCUGCAUCAAACAAAGAAUAAUUUCUAUCCAAAAACUGGAACAUUAGAACAAAUUGCUUACGAGGGAGCAAAGAAAUUUAUUUUCAAUAUUCCAUUCGAUGAGACAUAUGGAGAUCAAGAAAUACUAAAUGCAUUCGAGCAAAUCAUCAUGCCAAUAGCGAGUAACUAUAAUCCAGAUAUUGUUCUCGUUUCAGCUGGCUUUGAUGCAGUAAAAGGAGACAAACUGGGUGGUCAAUUAUGUUCUCAACAAUUAUUUGGUCACCUAACAUGCAUGCUUAAAACAUUGGCAAAUGGAAAGAUUGUAUUAGCUCUCGAAGGAGGUUAUAACAUUCAAGAAACUGCAGGAUGUGUAAAAGAAUGUGUUUCAGUGUUGUGUGGACAAGAACCACAGGGUCUCUCCUCUCUCUUCCAAACCAUGUAUCUGAAAGAGGAACAAAUUGAAAAACAUUCUAAUAUGAUGGAAAGAGUAAAGCAAUUUUACUCUGCCGAGUUCAAUAAAAUGGAUACCAAUCUUUAA